AGGCGCAAGAUGGCGGCUCCCAGGGCGGCGUGAAGGCGCCUGGAGCCGUAGCUUGCCCAUCGGUGCCGUACAGCGGGGCUGGAUCGAGCUGCCCGUUGCACUUGGAAGCCGGAGGGAGAGCGCCCUGGCUUAGAACUCAGGGCUGGGGAGUAGGCAGGAUCAGCGGGGAAGACGCGCCGGGUGGGGGAACGAGGGGGAGGCGGCUUCUCCCUCUCUGCGGCCGCCAUUUUCCGUCCGGGCAACACAAGAUGGCGGCUCCCAGGGCCGGGCUCUGAGCGGGGGCCGGAGGGGGGCGGCAGAGGGGCCCUGUUACGAGGGGGGAGGAGUAACUGCCCCACGCGGGGUAGUUCCCUCGCAGGGGGAAUUGGUGUUGGUUUUGAAAAGGCAGGAGGCAAUUGGGGUAAUUUUGUAUUAGCCCCUCUCUUAUUGCAAGGGUGGGUGUCUGCUCCAUAGAGAUUUCUGUAUUCCGGUCGUGCGGGGAGAAAUACGGUCAUCGAAACUCAUUGUCGGAAAGGGAGCCUUAGGAGUUUUUCAGCAACGGGGUAUGCCUCUAAGCUGUGACUGCCUCACGAAAUAAAAAGGGCAGCUACUUGUCCCGCCAAGAGUUUUUUUUCGGGGGGGGGGGGGGAGGGGAAGAUUUUAUUUUAUUUUUUUACUUUUCUUGUUCACAACUACUCCGAAUUAGUUUGUUUGCAGCAAAGGAGGUGACUGUGACCCGGUGCCCGCGGUGAGGGGGUGUCAUAGUAGUUAGAAGGAUCGUGGGCGUCUUGCCUCACUGGGGAGGACUGCUUUGCUCUUGUCCUCUGAAGAAAGUAAAUCUGGUGUUGCUUCCACGAACAGUCUUACCUCGGAAGAGAGACAGUGCAUGUGGCUUAGGGGGAUCUUUUUUGAGCCACCGCUUGGGAUUCAGAACUGAUAAAGGGAGCCCUUACGACUCUGCUGUUUUAGAGGACUGAUUGCUAGAAAGGCUACUUAUUGAGAGUGAGGAGGUGCUUUCUAUGGCCUCUCCUGUUGUCCCUAGUGGGGGCUCCCCAACAGGUGUUGGGGCCACUGCAGGGCUGCUGCAGCCCCGCUGGAAGCGUGUGAUUGGGUGGUCAGGCCCUGUGCCUCGGCCCCGACAUGGACACAGAGCUGUGGCAAUCAAAGAGCUGAUUGUGGUCUUCGGAGGGGGCAAUGAGGGCAUCGUGGAUGAGUUGCAUGUCUAUAACACAGCUACAAACCAGUGGUUCAUCCCAGCUGUGCGUGGAGACAUUCCACCUGGUUGUGCUGCAUAUGGUUUUGUUUGUGAUGGAACUCGUCUCCUAGUAUUUGGUGGAAUGGUUGAAUAUGGCAAGUACAGCAAUGAUCUGUAUGAAUUGCAGGCCAGCCGUUGGGAAUGGAAGAGAUUAAAGGCCAAGAUGCCCAAGAAUGGGUCCACACCAUGUCCCCGCCUUGGCCAUAGCUUCUCGUUGGUGGGCAACAAAUGUUACCUUUUUGGGGGAUUGGCCAAUGACAGUGAAGAUCCUAAGAAUAACAUCCCCAGGUACCUAAAUGACCUCUAUAUCUUGGAGCUGCGGCCAGGAUCUGGUGUGGGAUCCUGGGAUAUUCCCAUCACCUAUGGUGUAUUGCCUCCACCACGAGAAUCCCAUACUGCUGUGGUCUACACAGAAAAAGACAACAAAAAAUCCAAACUCAUCAUAUACGGGGGCAUGAGUGGUUGUCGUCUUGGUGAUCUCUGGACCCUUGAUAUCGAUUCUCUGACGUGGAACAAGCCCAAUCUGAGAGGGGUGGCUCCACUCCCUCGUAGUCUGCAUUCAGCCACAACCAUUGGGAACAAAAUGUAUGUAUUUGGUGGCUGGGUGCCCCUUGUUAUGGAUGAUGUCAAAGUGGCUACACAUGAAAAGGAAUGGAAAUGCACAAAUACUCUGGCCUGUCUCAACUUAGACUCCAUGGCUUGGGAGCCCAUUCUGAUGGACACACUGGAAGAGAAUACUCCACGGGCACGUGCAGGGCAUUGUGCCGUGGCCAUUAAUACCCGCUUGUACAUCUGGAGUGGCCGUGAUGGCUACCGUAAAGCCUGGAACAACCAGGUUUGCUGCAAAGAUCUCUGGUAUCUUGAGACCGAGAAACCUCCACCCCCUUCACGGGUUCAGCUGGUUCGUGCCAACACCAACUCCUUGGAAGUGAGCUGGGGUUCUGUCCCAACUGCGGACACUUACUUACUCCAACUGCAGAAAUACGACAUCCCAGCUGCCUCCUCGCCAGCUGCUAAUCCUGUGCCCUCAGUGCCUGUCAAUCCCCCCAAGAGCCCUGCCCCUGCGGCUGCCGCACCUGUCCCUGCCGUGCAGCCUUUGGCACAAAUGGGUAUAACCCUGCUGCCACAGACCACAGCUGUUGCUGCAGCCCCUGCCGCCGCCGCUGCUGCUGCUCCUGCCCCACCAACCACAACAACCAUCCAGGUGCUUCCUACUGUGCCUACAAGCCCAAUGCCAGGGCCUCCUCCAGCAGCUGCCGCUGCUACUCCUCGUCCACAAACUGUUCCAGCUGUGCUGAAGGUCACUGGCCCACAAGCUACCACAGGAGCACCACUGGUAACAGUGCGGUCAGCAGGACUAGCUGGGAAAGGCCCAGUGACCGUGACUUCUUUGCCAGCUGGGGUACGCAUGGUGGUACCCACACAGAGCACUCAAGGGACGGUGAUUGGUAGCAGCUCCCAGAUGAGUGGCAUGGCAGCUCUGGCAGCUGCUGCUGCAGCCACUCAGAAAAUCCCGCCAUCCUCAGCCCCCACUAUGUUAACCAUGCCUGCUGCUGCUACCAUAGUUAAGACUGUCGCAAUGUCCCCCGGCACUGCUACGUUACCCACCACAGUUAAAGUUGCUUCUUCUCCAGUCAUGACCUUGUUAAACAAACAGGUGAGCAAUCCGGCCACCCGCAUGCUGAAGACAGCAGCUGCCCAGGUGGGCACUUCAGUCUCUUCAUCCACCACUAACACACCUACCCGGCCCAUCAUCACCGUGCACAAAUCAGGCACUGUCACUGUAGCACAGCAGGCCCAGGUGAUGACGACCGUAGUGGGUGGGGUAACGAAGACCAUCACAUUGGUGAAAAGCCCUAUCUCUGUGCCUGGAGGAAGUGCAUUGAUUUCCAAUUUGGGAAAAGUGAUGUCUGUUGUGCAGACCAAACCAGUCCAGACAUCAGCUGUAACAGGCCAAGCAUCAACUGGUCCUGUGACUCAGAUAAUCCAGACCAAAGGGCCUCUACCUGCUGGCACUAUUCUAAAACUAGUGACUUCAGCAGAUGGCAAGCCCACCACAAUCAUCACCAGCUCUCAGGCAGGUGGCACAGGUACUAAGCCUACUAUCCUGGGCAUCAGCAGCGUGUCACCCAACACAACAAAGCCUAAUACCACCACUAUUAUCAAGACCAUCCCCAUGUCAGCUAUUAUUACACAAGCAGGUGGCACAGGUGUUACUAGUAGUUCUGGGAUUAAGUCUCCCAUCACCAUUAUCACCACAAAAGUGAUGACCGCGGGCACUGGUACACCCGCCAAGAUCAUUACAGCAGUACCCAAAUUAACCACAAGUCAUGGACAGCAAAGCGUUACACAGGUAGUGCUUAAGGGAGCACCAGGACAACCUGGCACAAUCUUGCGAACUGUCCCUAUGGGUGGAGUACGACUUGUUACCCCUGUCACUGUGUCUGCAGUCAAGCCUACUGUUACCACUUUGGUCGUGAAAGGAACAACAGGGGUUACAACCUUAGGCACUGUAACAGGCACAGUCUCAACAAGCCUAGCUGGAACUGGGGCACACAAUACUAAUGCUUCCUUGGCUACACCUAUUACCACCUUGGGGACCAUUGCCACACUUUCCAGCCAGGUCAUCAACCCAGCUGCCAUCACUGUCUCAGCAGCACAGACAACCCUGACAGCAGCAGGAGGCCUCACCACUCCCACCAUCACUAUGCAGCCUGUUUCUCAACCUACUCAAGUCACCCUGAUUACCACCCCCAGCGGUGUAGAGGCCCAGCCGGUGCAUGAUUUGCCUGUUUCUAUCUUGGCCUCUCCCACCACAGAGCAGCCCACAGCCACAGUCACCAUCGCUGAGCCGGGGCAAGGAGAGUCACAGCCAAACACUGUUACACUGGUGUGCUCCAAUCCACCCUGUGAAACACAUGAUACUGGCACAACCAACACAGCUACGACCACAGUUGUGGGCACUUUGGGUGGGCCAGCUCAGUUACAGUUUGUGUGUGAUGGGCAGGAAGGUGGUGGCCUUCAGCCCAAUGGUCGACUGGUGCGGAUAUGCUCCAAUCCUCCUUGUGAGAUGCAUGAGACUGGUACUACCAACACAGCAACCACUGUUCUGAGUGCUGGGCAGAAGAUAUGUUCCAAUCCACCUUGUGAAACUCAUGAGACUGGCACAACCAAUACAGCCACCACCUCCAAAACAGAGAGGGCGCCCUCAGAGCCACCAUGCCAUACUUUCCAGACCAGCGCCACUGGCACCACUAUGACAAUAAAGCCCAUUGUAGGUACAGGCCAGAUAGUGUGUUCCAAUCCUCCCCGCGAAACCCACGAGACUGGCACUACAAACACUGCUACCACCACCACCUCAAACAUGGGCCAAGGGCAACCUGAUGACGGACAGAAGGAAUUGACUAACACUUCAUGCCAAACAAAGCAGACAGGUAGCACCAGCACUACCAUGACAACAAAAACAGAUAUUCCCACAGAACAUCCGUGUGCAGUUCAAAUUGCAAGCUUCGUGCCAGCUGCUGGCUCCCCUAGUGCUGGCUCCCCUAGUGCUGCCUCUGGCGCUACCGUAGAGAAAAGCAAUGAAAGACCACAAGCCCUGAAAAAAGUCCAGUGUGAAUCCCAUCAUACUCAUACCACCAAUACUGCCACCACAGCUCGGUCCCUCAUGGGCCAGGGGCAGCCAGAUGGCGAAUGGGUGGGAUCUGCCAACCCUCCGUGCCAAACACAGCAAACCAACUCUACCAGCACCACCAUGUCUGUCAAAGUUGAUGUGCCAGUUCAGUCAAGUGCACCUUGCAAGACCCAUAGCACGGAUACCAAGGAUACAAAUCUUCAAGCGUGCUCCAAUCCACCUUGUGAAACUCAUGAAACGGGUACCACAAAUGCAGCUACCGUAACGACAUCAAACCAGGGUGCUACCCAGCAGGUGUGCUCCAAUCCACCUUGUGAAAUUCAUGAAACGGGUACCACCAACACAGCCACGACAGCGACUUCCAACAUAGCCGUGGGACAGCAGGUGUGCUCGAAUCCACCUUGUGAGACUCAUGAGACUGGUACUACGAACACAGCCACCACUACCACAUCAAACCUGGGAGCUGAACAAAAUGAAGGUGCCCAGCACCAGCACCCCGCUGUUACUCCACCCUGUGAAACACAGCAAACCAACUCCACCAGCACCACAAUGACACCCAGCAUAGGAGGUGAUGGCGCUCAGUCUUCCAGUUCAGCAUCAGCACAAUGUGGCAACUCAGAACUGAGAAAAUCUCCUGAGAGAGAACCCCCGGGGAUUGCUGGAUCUUUGCCUCAGAGCUCAACACCCAGAAUAUGCUCAAACCCUCCUUGUGAGACCCAUGAAACGGGAACCACCCAUACUGCCACCACAGUUACUUCUUCCAUGGGUGCCAACCAAGAUCAGCCACCUGCUACCAAUGGGCAACAAGGGGAACCUGAGAUACCGGUGACCGAGAGUCCAGCUGCUAGCAGCCCCAAUUCUGCUGUGGUGACCACAGUUUCCUCCACUCAAAUCAGAGCUGUCACUACCGUCACCCAGUCCACGCCAGCACCAGGGCCUUCUGUACCGAACAUCUCCUCGCUCACUGAUGUCCCUGCAGGCGAGGCAGUUCCCCCUGUUGAGACUCCUGAUGCCACCAGCACAGAUUCCCUUCCGGCACCCUCCGAACCACUGCAGCCCUCCAUAGAGAUGCAGACCGCAGUUGCAACCCCUGAGCCUCAGGGGCAAGCACAGAUCGCCUCAGCUGGCACGCCGCCAACCGAAGGCCCUCUGGGUGAACCUGCUUCCCAUCCAGAACUUGCCCCUCCUACUGAAGAGGCACCACCCACACCAGCAGCCCCCACCCAAGAGUCUGUGGCUAUGGUGGUGCUUCCCCAGGCCACUCCUGCGGCUCCGCCGUCCUCAGAGGUGGAGCAGUUAGCAUUGCCUCAGGAACUGAUGGCGGAGAGCCAGGCGGGCACCACCACUUUGAUGGUGACAGGAUUGACUCCUGAGGAACUAGCCGUAACAGCUGCUGCAGAGGCUGCUGCCCAAGCUGCUGCCACUGAAGAGGCACAAGCCCUGGCCAUCCAGGCGGUCUUGCAAGCAGCCCAGCAGGCUGUAAUGGGUCCUGGAGAAGCCAUGGAUACCUCAGAGGCAGCAGCCACACAGGCUGAACUAGGCCACCUGAGUUCAGAGGGCCCUGAAGGACAGCCCACUGCCAUCCCCAUCGUGCUGACUCAGCAAGACUUGGCGGCCCUGGUGCAGCAGCAACAACAGCAGCUUCAGGAGGCUCAGGCGGCAGCGGCGGCGGCAGCUGCCGUUCAGCAACAGCAGCAGCAGCAGCAACAGCAGCCGCCACCUCCUCAGCAUCAGUUGCCUGCCCACUUGCCUACAGAAGCUCUGGCUCCUGCUGAUAGCCUUAAUGAUCCUGCCAGUGAGAGCAAUGGCCUCAAUGAGUUGGCUAGUGCAGUGACCAGCACGGUUGGGCUGUUACCUCCCACUCCCACAGAGAGCCUUGCUCCUUCAAAUACUUUCGUGGCCCCACAGCCUGUAGUAGUAGCCAGCCCGGCAAAAUUGCAGGCAGCAGCUGCCCUGACAGAAGUUGCUAAUGGGAUUGAACCAGCUCCAGUGAAACCAGAGCCUCCCACACAGCCUCCAAAAGUGGUUGUGAAGAAGGAAAAUCAGUGGUUUGAUGUGGGUAUUGUCAAGGCAACUAACAUGGUGGUGACACACUACUUCCUGCCGCCUGAUGAUGCACCUGCUACAGAUGAUGAUUCAGGAACUACUCCUGAUUAUUCUCAAUUCAAGAAGCAGGAGCUACAGCCUGGUACUGCUUAUAAGUUCAGAGUAGCAGGAAUUAAUGCCUGUGGACGAGGCUCUUUCAGUGAAAUCUCAGCAUUCAAGACCUGUUUGCCUGGUUUUCCUGGAGCACCUUGUGCCAUUAAAAUCAGUAAAAGUCCGGAUGGGGCCCACUUGACUUGGGAACCACCUUCAGUCACCUCUGGAAAAAUCACAGAAUACUCAGUGUAUCUGGCCAUCCAGAGUCCCCAGGCGGGUGAACCGAAGAGUGCAGCACCUGCCCAGCUGGCCUUCAUGCGGGUUUACUGUGGGCCCAGUCCUUCGUGUCUGGUCCAGUCAGCUAGUCUCUCCAAUGCCCAUAUAGACUACACCACAAAGCCUGCCAUUAUUUUCCGGAUUGCUGCCCGCAACGAGAAGGGCUAUGGUCCCGCCACACAAGUUCGGUGGCUUCAAGAAUCCAGUAAAGAUGGAUCUAUGACAAAACCAACCAACAAGCGGCCGCUUUCAUCUUCUGAUUUGAAAAGUGCUCCAAAGAAGCCCAAAGCAGAUGGGCAGUGAAGGGAGUCACCAGCCGUCCCCUCUUCCUGCCUGCUCCAAAGCCUCUGCCUGAACUCCCCCGGCCAGCCAGUCACCCUGUGUAUGGAGGAAGAUGGAACUGCCGAAAGCACAUUUCAUAUACACCACACGGGAUGAACUGUUGGGGUGGGGGUGGGGGGUAGGGAGAAGAGAUGCUUGAGGCUCAUGUGAGGGAGCCCCAAGCAGGGCCAUCACUGUGCCAUACCCCACCUAGGAAGGGGGAAGAAGGAAUGGGAAGUCCUCCCUCACCCUCUGCUUACUGCCCCAAUAACAUGGACGUUGAUGUUUGGGGUGGGCUUGAGGGAAAACUUGUUAUGGGGGGGGAGGGGGGCCUGUUGGGUUUUUUUACAAGUUGCAGUUACAGGAAUGAAGUUCUUUUGUAUUCCCCUGAAACCCUGUGCGUUGGGGGUCGGAGACUUGAUCUCUCUGCCUCCAGUUCUUGCCUCUGUACAGACCCUCUUCCUCAGUUUAGUUUUUAGUGUCUGCGUUUGGUAAUGGAGAGAAGUCCCUGCUAGUGGGGAUGGAGAAGAGGCGACAUGGUUGGCCACAGAUGCAGCUACUUUGAACAUUGGGAGGGAAGGGGCUCAUGCAGCUGUUCUAAUGCUCAGCGCAGGGUGUUUGUGGCUUGAAUCCACCCCCCACCCCUCCUUUUUCCCCUGUACAUGGAACAGCCCCUCCUUAGCAGCACAAGCCGGGUGUGUUCUCUCUCUUUGCUCUUCCUGCCUCCAGGCCACAAGGUGGCAUGCUAUAGGCAGAUGUCUUGCCAUUCCUCUCCAUUGUUUUGUAUAAAACUUU